CCGACCAGGAAAGGUGUCCCGCUGCGGACAUUAGCUGCCGCUUGUCGUUCACCGACUCAAAGAGUGGACCGAACAACCCACCUUGGAUCUAACAUUUGGCCUGUGAAGUUCAACACAUUGUGUAGGAACAAUGGAGCACUCGGCAGCUCCCGCUGCUCGUAGCUCUCUCUACACUCUGCUUGCCCAGCACAAUGCGUUCGUUCAUGUUUGCAUCGCGGUGGCCGUAAUUUGCGUCUGCACCAGGCUCAUUUCGGGACAUCGUUUCAGCAAGAUCAAGAACGGCCGAAGUUCUGGGAUUGCGCCCCCAACGCUGCCACAUUGGCUUCCUGGGCUUCGUCAUGCCCUGAACAUGGCCUACAGCGUUAGCAGCUUCUUGGCAAGAGAACUGGAAAAAUACGGAGAUGGCACACCUUUCUUGAUCGAUGCAGCAGGGGAGAAGGUACUCGUCGUUCUGAGUCCUAAGCAUGUGAAGAGAGCCCUUGGAUCACCUGAGCUUGAUUCUAAUACUGUAAUUCACAAGAGAAUCAUGCCUCACCUGAUGGGCAGUCCACAAGCAGCAGUCGAUUAUUACACAUCACCGGAUCAAAACAUAGACGACCUCACAUUUCUGCAAAUCAGGACACGGACAACAGGACCGGGUUUGGUAAUCAUGAACGAAAAAUUGCUGGAGAUACUCGACCGCGACAUUUCAAAUAUCGCUUCUGGGGGAGAUUGGGUAGAAAUAGAAGAUUUUUACACCUUCUUCAGAGACGAAGCCACGACUGCUAUUGGCGAAUCGCUUCUCGGCUCUGCCAUAUUCGAAAGCCACCCUCGGUUAGCUCAGGACCUGUGGACGUUCAUCGAAGGUACAGACCUUCUUCUUUUGGGGCUUCCUCGUUGGCUCGUCCCAGCGUCGCAUGGCGCACGCGAACGUCUACUCGAGCACUUAAAGACCUGGGGUCGUAAAUCAGACGCUCUCCGAGAGAAGAAUGAGGUUGACGGUACCAGCUGGCACCCAACGGCCGGCUCCGCGCUGAUGCAAGAACGCGAGCAGAUGUAUGCUCCUCUACCUGGCCAUGGCGAAGAUGCAAGAGCUUCCCAGUCUCUGGCUCUACUCUACGGUGGCACAAGUCUCGCCAUCCCCGUGAUGUUCUGGUCUCUAUACGAAGUCCUCCGUGACCAGACUCUACACAAGAAAGUCAUGGAUGAACUCCACCAGUACACUAGCGGCACGUCAUCCGCAGCCGAUAUUACGCAGCUCGCCACCUCGCCUUUCAUGCAAUCGCUGCACUCCGAAGCCACCCGAUUCUACGCCCGCAACGCAUCCGUCCGCGAAGUCGUAGCCCCCCUGUUCCAUCUCGACGACCGCUUCGUCGUUGAAAAAGGCACCCAAGUCAUCAUUGUCAACGCGCCAAUCGCUCGCUUCACUUCAGAGUGGGCUCAGGCACGGCCUCAGGCAGUCAAAGAACCACUGACCAGCUUCUGGGCCGAGCGAUUCCUCAUCCCCGAGGGAACAGGUGUGCGGUACAGCGAGACCGGGCUGAGCGGGAACUGGACGUCCUUUGGGGGUGGCGAGCAUAGGUGCCCUGGACGCUUCUUUGCGAGGGACAUGGCGUUUGUGACGCUAGUCCUCUUCCUCCAGAAGUAUGAAGUUGAACUUGUUGAUCCCGAGGGUGCAAGACGGUUUGACCCGGUGUGGAACGAGAUCGCCUUUGGGACUAUGGUGCCAAAGGGUAAGAUUGCUGCUCGGUUGCGCCGGCGGAAAGUGUGAAAAAGAUGGGUUUCUUAGGUCGUGUUGUGUGCUCUGCAUCAAAACGAAAAAAUAUGAGGAGGACAAAUAUUUGUUUCCUCCUACAGGUUUAUGUUGGUACUAUACAUAGGCUAUACUACGCGUCUGGUUUCCAUCAUACUUGAUUAUCUAUGUG